AUGUCAUCGUCAAGGUCCAAGCUCCCUCUGCUCCUGUAUGGGAUCCUCCUGUGCAGCUCUUUUGCUCCUCUCCCAGUCAUCAGCAGUAAAAAACAAACUAUACGUAGUACCGGUUCAUUGGUUUGGGCUAGCGGCAGCUCCUGGGACAAGAGAGAGGUGACAGCUAGAGAUGGAGAAUACCUGCUGGGGAUAAAGAGACUCAGAAGGCUUUACUGUAAUGUGGGCAUCGGCUUUCACAUUCAGGUCCUGCCAAACGGAAAGAUCACAGGCGUGCAUAAUGAAAACAGAUACAGCCUUCUAGAAAUUUCCCCGGUGGAGAGAGGAGUGGUGACUCUGUUUGGGGUGAGAAGCGGUCUCUUCAUUGCCAUGAACGACAAAGGGAAACUCUAUGGUUCGUCUGUCUCACAGUCUUUUAGUCCAGCUGGUGGAGGGAAACACCAGCAGCAAGUCCCCGGCAGCAAACGUGCCGCGCAGGUCACCGUGCACCCACCAAUAAAAGCUAUCACCCCAACCGCCGGGAAAACAAAUGCCGCCCGUGCCAGCUGUCAUGUCUUGCAACGAGGCAACCAGCUCACCUGCAUGCCACCACCAACCCACCCACCCGUCAAGGGCCCAGAAUAA